CCUGCGCGGUCCCCGGGCGCGGCGCCGUCAGCGAGCCGCGGGGCGAGCCGGUUCCCCCUGGCCGAAGAGUCUGCUCCCCUUAUUAGCCCUUUGCUUAUCUGUUGCACCUUCAGCUUGUUGAAUCCAGGCAGCGUUGAAUUUCGUCUCUGUGAGAGGAUGUCGGAGGAACUGCCCUUGCACAUCAACAUCCGGGAGCCGCGAUGGGACCAGAGCACUUUCCAGGGGCGAGCCAAGCACUUCUUCAUGGUGACCGACCCCCGCAACCUCCUGCUGUCUGGGAAGAUGCUGGAAGAUGCCCGGCGGGUGGUUGAGAAUUACAGGUCGGGGACGGUGUCACCGGGCCUGACGGAAGACCAGCUCUGGCGGGCGAAAUACAUCUACGACUCGGCCUUCCACCCCGACACCGGGGAGAAGAUGUUCCUGAUCGGGCGCAUGUCGGCCCAGGUGCCCAUGAACAUGACCAUCACUGGCUGCAUGCUCACCUUCUACAGGACGACCCCCGCGGUGUUAUUCUGGCAGUGGGUGAACCAGUCGUUCAACGCAAUUGUGAACUACACUAACCGGAGCGGAGACGCCCCCAUCACGGUCGGCCAGCUGGGGACGGCCUACGUCAGCGCCACCACCGGGGCAGUCGUGACAGCGCUGGGACUCAAGUCUCUCACCAAGCAUUUACCGUCAAUUAUUGGCCGUUACGUGCCUUUUGCUGCCGUGGCAGCUGCUAACUGCAUCAACAUUCCUUUAAUGCGGCAGAGGGAGCUGAAAUUUGGGAUCCCCAUCACGGAUGAGGACGGGAACCGGCUGGGGGAGUCAAGGGCAGCAGCCCAGCAAGCCAUCGCUCAAGUGGUGGUGUCCCGGAUCGGCAUGGCCGCCCCCGCCAUGGCCAUCCCUCCCGUGAUCAUGAAUGCCCUGGAGAAGAGAGCCUUCCUGAAGCGAUACCCCUGGCUGAACGCUCCCUUGCAGGUCGGACUGGUGGGGUUCUGCUUGGUGUUCGCGACCCCGCUGUGCUGCGCACUCUUCCCACAGAAAAGCUCGAUGCGAGUGAGUCGCCUGGAGCCUGAAGUCCAAGCUCUGAUCCAGGAGAAGAACCCCCACAUGGAGAUUGUUUAUUUCAACAAAGGGCUUUAAACGAGGCUCCCUCCCUCCCGCCCCCCAGCUGCCGGGAGACGAGAUCAGGGAACGGAUCAGAACCCAGGUGUCCAGGGAGAAUGUUAAAUGUUGUGCUAGAAUAACGCCUGUGAGCUGCUGCUUUAUUUCUGGCUGUCCUGUGUGCACGGUGUAGGUUCCUUGGACUCGGAUGACCCAUAGCAAUAGGUAGUGAUAUAUGCUGCUGUGAUAUAGAUCGUCUUUCGUGAACAAAACCGAAACAGGCAGAGCUGAUUCUCUCUGGUGGCAGGUUGAGAGCGGCCAGAGCCCCUAAGUAACCCUUCCUCCACUCCACCCUCCUGCUGUGCGUGCUCCCAAAGUGGCUCACAUGUCCAUCUUCGCUGCUUUUGAGAGUAAUGUUCCUGAGAUGCAUCAAUGGGGAGAAGAGGCUGGAGUGGGUGAUGCUUGUAGGGUGAGCAGAUGUCAAGGGCCGAAAAGCGAGUUUUCCUCCAGCUUUGUUGUUCUCUGGUGGCAUUUCAAAACUGACCUGAGGCCAGUGCCGUCAGAAAGCCCAGUAGAAUGGACCAGAGUCACAGUGGGGCAUGGCUCUGGUGCAGUGCCUAGGCGUGAAUUUUACAACACGUUGAAAGAUCAUUCUAAAUGUUCUUGCUGUGUCUGCAGAUGGUUUCCUGCCUUAGCAGCAAAGACAGGAGCUCAUCUGACUUCCCUAAGGGAGGGAAGUAGCCAAGGAGGAAGACGUCUGGUCAUCUUCCAGUACGGCAGGCCCAGAGCGGCUUGGCGUGUUGAGGAGUAGGCCAAUCCAAGGUGGGUGAGCAGGUGUCUUCUCAGUGCAUUGGUUCACCAGAAUGAGGGAUGGGGCAGCUGUAUACAGUGUGACUUGGCUGUUCCCUUUCACCAUAUUGGAGGAUCUCUCUAGGGUCAUCCAUGCUCUUGGUCCUUUUAGUAUUGGCUUGGCUUCGUUCAUCACAGACCUAAAGAUUUAGCUUCUCUGUUGGGUGGUAGGUAGUCACACAGCCCGUCUCUCCUUUCCAGACUCAUAGAGUGCAGCUAAGCAACCCUGGUGCAGUGUUUAUAGACACUUAAUUGCGAUGAGGUGGACUGACUGCUGGGGAAAGCUAUGUACUUGUACAGCAGAGUCGCUCCGAAAAAGAUCUAGAGGGGGAAAGAAACUGCUAUACAAGGGAGCUUGCUGCAGAGAUGGACCCCAGGGAGUUUUGAGUGUCCCGAUUUGGGGUUUCUCUGCCUACCAGAGGAGAAUUAGCUGCAAUUCCUGAAUGUGGGGAAAGCCCGGACCCAGAACUGUAACUCAGCUUUGCGCUUGGGCCCAUCGCUGCUCUUGGAACCUGGUGUUCGGACCCAGCUUUCGCUCAUGCGUGUGUGUGUGUGUGUAUUUGCACGCUCCACGCCUGUACAUGUGCCAGCUCAUUCCUAACCAUUGUCUCUGCAGGGGCCAGUUCUGAUACCUUGCACAUGCAGCAUAACGGAAUUUCCAUGGGGGAGAGUUAAAUUGUCCGUGAGGAAAUUCCCCUGCCUGGCUGCACAGAUCUAACCAUCUGUCCUUUGCAUUGCCCCUUUUAAACGCACUAUGGGAGGUGUGAGGGAAAGUCAGGUCCCCCCACCCCGUUUUAUUGGGAAUAUUGACUCAAUACACGUAUGGUGCAGGGGAAAAUGCAUCACAGUGGCUUUGGGAUGCAAAAGACAAUUGCCGGGCACAAGAGAUCACUGAUAAAUAAAACACAAAAAGAAGAGGAAACCUGGCCCUCUUCUGUUAUCUGAAGGAACGAAACCCUAUAGGGGUAUGGAGACUCUUCCAAUAAUCACAGCUCUGUUGCAGCCUGCACAAUCUAACUUAAAAUAUUACUCGUUCAGAGCCUGAUCCCGCCCUGCUGAAAUGUGCCGGAGUUGUACUGUUGGCUUCAGUGGGUGCAGGAUCAGGGGUCUGCAUGCAUCUUUUUAAAAAUAGCAUAAUCAAGUAAGCUAAAGUAGAUCUGAUGGUUUGGAAAUGCUUGAGCUGCCUGUCCUCUAAUGGAAAGGGCUGGGGAAUGUCACAGCUAAGCGCGCGGGGCCCAAGGCUACUCCAGGUCAGCAAUUUAAUCCGGUUUUCCGCUCCUUUCAUCUCCAGAGCAAAUUACACAUUCUAAUCUCCGAAAAACAGCCCAGGGUUGUUUUUUUUUUGUUUGUUUUUUUAAUGUCGUCUUUGUUCCAGGCUCAAGUCGCAUCCUGGGGCUGCUAGAUGCCCUUUGAACAUGUUUACUUUUACGGGGCUCUUGUCUCCUUGCUGUAAGAUCACCUUGUUGUUUGCUAUAUCAGCCUCCCUUUUAACAUGUGACGUUUAAAGGGAUCACGUCACACUGCUUUAAGGUCACUGUGCUUUGUGCUGUGGGUGGGGGUGUAUAUCCUACAGAUAAAAAUUGGAUGUUUUACAACAUCUAAACCAGAGAGAAAUGCUUCUGUGACAUUUAAGAAUUUCAAUGAAAACAAGUUUAGUCCUGGCUGGGUAUUAACCUUCCCCUGCUACUGGCAGAAACGGGACAGGAAACUGACCCGCCUGGCCAAGCUGAGUGAGGUGCACAGAGCAAACAACCCAGCUCUGGAGGGGAAAGGGAAUUGGAUAUUUAAAAGUAGAAUUAGCUUGGGGUGGGUGUUGCUAGUAAGAGCGGGCAGGACAAGCCUUUGACUGUGUCCUGGAGGAAGAAUUAGCCCCAUCCUACAAGAGACACAGAGAGAGGAGAUCUGCUGUGUUCGUAUCUAGCCCCUUCCUUGCGGAAGAUGGCUUGUUGCUCCUCCCAGCUGCCUAGAGUGACUCUAGUUCCCAAAAGGAAAAUGGGGCACUGAGCUGGCCUGAGCCCUCCCCACUCCCCCCACAGGGCUUGCCUGAGCCCUCCUCCCUGAGCGGGGCUGGCCCGAGUUGCUUGGCCGAUCCCUGCCUGCCUCCUGCACGAGGCUGGGGUUGCUGCUUGCCUGAGUCCUGCCUGCUCCUUGUGCGGGGAGCCUGGCAUCGCUGUGCCCUCCCAGCACCCCCGCCCACAUGUUCCUCUGCACCUCUUUUUUUUUGACAAAAGUGGGCAUUUGUCCCACUGAUCAAGUCCUCUCCUAUAUUGGCCCUGACAGAAUCAGGCUCAGAGUUUGUCUGUAAUUUGCCCAGAUUGCACUGGCCGGGAGGGCAGUGAUAAGGACCGUUGAUCCUCAUGCUUCAGGGCACAGAGUGAUCAGCAGCUGGAGUCAGGCAGAAUUUCCUCCACCCACCCCACUCAUAACAGUGUAUCGUGGGUGUUUUACACUUCCCUCUGAAGUGUUUGGUACAACAGUGGCCAUUGCCUGGGGCUAUGUGGGACACCAGAUUCUAUAGGACUUAGAUAGGGACGGGCUGACUUUAAUCCUCAGUCCACUUUCCCUUUUCAAUGGUUUUAAAGGCCUUUAAGUGUUGGUUUUGAGGGAGGCUGGAGGCAGCUUGGUUGAGUGGUUUGAGCAGGGCCCUGGAAGUCAGGACUCCUGGGUCCCCUUCUUGGUUCGGCCAUCGGUUUGCUGUGUGCCUAUGGGAAAGCCAUUUCACCUGGCCACACCUCGGUUUUCCUGGGUGAGGGGAAUGGGGGCGAUGCUGCUCGCCCGGCUUUGUCAAGUGCACGGAGGGCUUUGGAUAACCGGUGCUGUAGAAAUGCAAAGUAGACUUGUGACUCCAUAGAACCCGAGGGUCAGAAGGGACCGCAAAGGUCAUCUGGUCUAAACCCCUGCCGAGCUGCAGCGGUAAGCAUCCAAAGCAGCUGCUCUGCAGUCUCCUUUGGAAAACCUCCGGCCGAGGAGCUUCCGUGGCCCCGAUCACUUCAGUCCCACCUCAGAGUCACUCAGCUUGAGCGGGGGGGAGGGGGGCGGGAACAACAAUGGAAACUGGGUGUAAAUGAAAGAAAAAUAUAGGAAGCUCCAAGUUGUGACAGGGACAAGGAAACAAGGCAAAUCCCGAUACUCUUGUCUGUAACAGUAGCUGGGUGUCCCUUCUCCUCUGCAUUGAAUUCCUUUCCAGCAGGGGCCUGCACAGAAAUCAAACCUUUGGAAGGGCGGGACGUUAAAAAACGAACAAUCAAAAAAAAAAAUAAAAGCACCCUGGAGGCACCCAGCAGGAGUGUUAUGCAACGCAGCGUUUAUAUGUAGGUCCUACAAGAAGUGUGUCGCUGCUUUCUGGUGACGCACAGGGGCCCUGUGCUGGCAGCAUGUGGGAAUAGGUGCUACAGGAUGGAUGGACUUCCACGGGGAGCGAGUUUGGCAAAUUCCCUCCAGUUAUGUGCUGUUUGUAACCUCCCUCGCCUGAGUCUUUGUCCCUGUCACCCAGGUCUGUUCAGAAAGGGCGUGGGCAUGUCUCUGAGGACGGGGAGUUAGAUAAGGGGACGCCGGCUUUGACAGGCGGCGUCACUGAAACGAAUGCUGUUGCUUUUGUAACGACCUUGGCACGAUCUCCAGUGCGUGGCGUGUUGGGGCCUGGGAGAGCACCGUGAGCAGGGGGAACUGGGGGGGGGGCGCAGCGGGUGAGUGUUACAUAAAGAGCUUUGGAUCUUGCCUCCGGGGUGGGGGGAACACUGCCGGAUGGUAGCUUUGCCCCAACUCCAGGAUGUUCUGGCACUCUCCCAUGAGGGCCCGGACUCCUGCUAAUCAAAUGCACCUGCUUGAGAGCGGAAAGCUUUAACAAUCCUUGUGCAAUAUGGCCCGGGCUCUCAGUGUUUGUUGGCGUCUCCCCUUCCCCAGGGGCAGGGGGCAAGUCGUAGCACAGGGGUAUGUCCGAUCCCUUCCUGCCACAGGCCCAUGGGUGGAAGGCCUGGCAGCAUGUUUGCUGCUCGCUUGGCUGGUGUCUGGGGGAAUACCUGUAGCCUGAACUCAGACUCCUCUCGGUGGGACACUGAACCCAUGGCUGACCUCCACUGUUGCUUUAAACAGGGCAAUUGUUCCAAAAUAAAGUGAUAUUUUCUGUCUCUUG